AAAAUUUCUGUUUCAUUCAAUUUUAAUAGACAAAAAUGGCAUCAAAUAUGAGUUAUAUGUUUAUGUUGUGUAUUGCAAUAAUUUUGACAUUAGUUCCGGCUGGCUACGGGAAUGCUGAAAAGGACGCAUUGAUGGCCCUGAAGGGUAGCCUCACGGAUCCUACAAAUGUCCUACAAAGCUGGGAUCCGUCCCUAAUUGAUUCAUGCACUUGGUUUCAUGUCACCUGCAAUUCCCAGAAUCAAGUUACUCGAGUUGUCUUGCAGGGAUCAAAAUUGAGCGGUCAUCUAGUACCCGAUCUUAAAGCGCUGCAAAGCUUGGAUACUCUCGCAAUCUAUAACAACCGAUUGACUGGACCUAUACCCUCCGAAAUUGCAACUAUUCCAAACCUCCGCGUUCUGGAUUUAUCGAACAAUGAUCUUUGUGGACCUAUACCUCCAGGACUUGAACAUGUUCUUAUUAAAAGGUUUGAAAAUAAUCCUCGACUUGGACGUCCAUGCUAAACUUGGCCAUGGAGAUUGACUAGAGAAAUAUAAAAGAUGCGAUAAUCUUAUCCAAUAUAAUGAUACUAUUUUUACCUUAGCUUAUAGGUCUUUAUAAUGUAAAUAGACAUUUUGUAUUUAAUUGAAUAUUAUAUGUGUCGCCAAUUUUUAUGUUAAUUUUCUUUGUAAAUCUUAGUGGAAUAUAUCUAUACCCUUUUCUUGAUGCA